GACCACAAAACACGAAUGUUCGAAUUCUGGCGUUAAAAUGCAAAACGUCAGCUGGUCAAGAGGAGGAAGUGUUUAGGACUGUAAAUUGCAGAAACAAUCCUCAUCCUAAUAUCCAGUGUUUACCUCGAGUGACAAACCCAUCCUAGUGUUGAGUUGCAGUGACAAUCCCGUCCUAGUGUUCGCUGAGUCCAGUAACAAUCCCAUCCUAAUGUUCAGUGUUUGCCAAGAGUGACAAACCAUUCCCGGUGCUGGCGGAGUUACAGUGACAAUCCCGUCCGAGUGUUCACUGUCACAAGAACAAUCCCCACGGUCAUGAUUUGAACUUGUCUGCUGUCCUAUUUAGGUGAUGUCGGCUGAUUUGUGCGUCAGUUCUUCUCCCGGUGAUAUCGUUGGUUCUGCUGCCGAUCAAGGGUGCUCCUCUGUCGUCUCAAAACUCCUUCACCAUCUUGUAUCUUCUGUCACCCCGAAGUCAGUCAGCGCCACCGAACUCCUUUCAGUUUUGGCCGUCCAUCGCUACCUGGGAGAACCUGCCAGCGAAGCCAGCUGUGGCCCUCCCUCCGGCUACCUGUACGAUGUGACUGUAUCUGACGGCAGUUGCCAGGUGAAGUGUCACCUGUCACCUGAGCUGAACCCCCUGGUGCAGCGGAACUGCUUGAGAGCCGGUCGGGGAAUCCGCGUCACCCGCUGCAGCUUGGUCUACGAUGAGAAGAGGCUGAGCCGCUGCUUCCUGCAGAUUGAGUCACUGGAGCUGGACGCCAGUGAGCACACUUCCCAGGUGGACGUCGGCACCCUCAGCGCUGCACCCCUCCGCGACCUCACUACGAACCAGAGGGGACGGGAUUUGCUGACCACUCUGCAGUCGGCAACCCCAUUGAAAGGUGGAAGGGCCCAUUAUUUACCCUUGUGGAAUAACACUGACCCCUGUGGUGCGGAAUGGAACUCCUCAAAGCAAUUGCCUGCCGCAGAGGUACCCUUUGAAGCUUGCGGACUCAUCUCUCUCGAAACCUUGUCCAGGACUUGGAGGACGAGAGUCGAGUUUCCACACCUUCUGGUCCGAGUGAUGUACAAAUCCCGGUUACGCUAUUAUGGACGCCCUGGCACCAAGGUGGACUUUCCUUAUCAGGCUUACUUGGAAGUGGCAGACCAGACUGGCAUGAUGUCAGUGGUCCUGUGGAACUCCCUGUGCCGAGAGUGGUACCAGUCCCUGCACGUUGGCACAGUUCUCCUGCUCCACCGUUACUCCAUCAAGCAGAGUUACCAGAGAAGGACCUGGGCCACGCCAUGUGACUCGCAGAUGAAGAGCUAUCGGUUCAUAGAGAUCUGCCUCAAUCCACGGGACCCUCACACUGAAAUCCAGAUUGUGCCAACGAAGCAAGUCAAAGCAGAGUGGAGGUUGCCCAACAUCAAGUAUAAUUUCAUCACGAGAGUGGAACUGGAUAACAUGCCAGAUGCUUACACGUGCGACAUUAUUGGCGUGGUGACCUUCGUGGGAAGAUGUCAAAGAGGAAGAAAGGAAGAGGGCAGUGAGGAUUUCUUCCUGUACCGUUGGGUACAUGCUGUAGAUGGCAGCACCCAGCAGCCUUUUAUCCUUGAACUUUUUGCAACUUCGCAGCCUGAAACUUUUGAACAAAUUCACCCGAUGACGUACCUGGUGUGCACACAGAUGAGAGUGGUUCGAGAAUUCAGCGUUCCCUACCUCACAACUUCCAAUGAAAGCCAGAUAUCCAUCUCAGGCCACCACAAAGGACAGCCGUACACUCAGGACCCAAAGGUGCAGGGCUUCAUUCAGUGGGUGAAAGGGCAGCGCGAGAAGGAUCUGCUGAAGAGGUCUGUCGUUGGUGGAUAUUACUCUUUCCCUCCAGCCCCAAACCUGUUCCAGGAUUACUGUAAAAAUCUGAACGCUGAGGCUGUCUUGACCUCCACAAGUGACCUGAUGAAGGUGAUUGCAAGUCUGCAUUACAGAGAGCACCGACGGAUUACGCUUCAGGCGAUCAUUGCUGCCGUCCAAUUCAUUGGACCCACAGAGUCAGCAGAGGGACGCGGAACUGACCACGUGCAGAAUACUCGAGACAGCGCAGGUCUGUCGCUGAAGGAAGGCGAUCCUUUCUCACGGUUGUCAUCGGAGCCAGAACGAGUGGGGGAGCUUCCGGACAAAGGUUUGAGACAGACGGCAAAGAGUCUUCAGACUGUGCCGACCAAAGACCAACAGAGGCACAGGUCACCAGUGCUGAAUCACUACGUAUUAAGACACAGAUAUCCUUUGAGGGAUUUACAAAAGACUAGCAGCAAAGGGCAAGCACCAAGGCCGACCAGGGAGAAGUUGCUGAAUUCACCAGGCGCACUGAAGAGGAGGAAGCAGGCGAACACAUCAAAGGUCCUGUUACUGAAGAGGAGAUCAUCUGAUCAGGAUGCUGAUGAGACUGUGAAUGACAAGGGAUUCUCACAAGGUGCAGAGGAGCCUGUGGCAGCUAACAGAGAUGAAGACAGAACUGCGGAGACGGAUUUGAACUACGUCUCUCGAUACACAUGGAGAAGCACUAUGUGGUCAGAGAUUAGAGGACAGCUGUCAGCGCACUUGCAUUUUGGUCAGCUCCUUUCCGAGAGUGUUUCACGGAAAUUUGACUAUAAACAUAGAGAAUUCCUGAUGCAGCAAUAUAACCUUCAGGCUGCUGAGUACAAGCCCGCUACAGUCACCUCCAGCAUGGACCUUCAGAGAUUUGGACCAGCGUGUAACCAUGGCUACUACAGUGUGACAAUAGUUGGGAUCAAUCACCAGGUAGCAGUUGACGUUGUGUUUCUACCAGCCCUGAAGAGCCAUGAAGGGCUCUGCACAUUGGGUCGACCGAUGGAAAGUCAUGACAACAGGCUCGCUUCCGUUUUGGCCAGUGGAUACAUCUGUGACAAAGAACCCACAGACAAUAAUCAGAAAGGACAUACAUCCGCCUCUCCAGAUCACAUUGUAAGAACAGCAGCUGAGUUGGACAACCUGCAUGUUAUCUGUGUCCUUGACCUUUGUCAUUAUGGUGGGGACAAAUCUGAAGUAAUUUUAAACAAAAUAUACAAGGUGACUGAAUAAAGCCAUCAGCAACCACAAAAUCCUGGAAUAUCCAUUUUCUGUUCAUAGACUUUGAUCCAGGUUACCUUUCCACUAACCACCCCAAUAUAAUUAUCAACAAUGAGUGCUAUGUGUUAAAUAUUUGCGGUAAUAUUUUAUUUAAUGUGAUUUUUUUUACCAGUGGGUGUGUAUGUAUUCAGACUUUAAUCUCUCAAAUAAAUCUUUGGAUUAAAUAC